GAAGCAUCGGCUUCAUGUUUCAGAACUGGAGGUUGCCGGCUGGUUAAUUCACUGGUUUCUCGAUCUUUUUCAGAUCAUACAACGACAUGACGCUCUGCUUGGAGAUUGUGUCUAAUUUUACUGGCUGUUAUUACCCAAACCCCAUCACCCAGGACAUCUUCCGCUCCGUCCACUCUUACUACUUCCACGACUGCUCUAAGGAGGAGCUUCCGUUUGAGGACGCACCUCACGGGCUGGUGGUCGCCCUCACGCUCGUCCCUGUGAGCCUCAUCCCCGUACUGGUUUAUCUGGUGGUUUGGAAAAGUAGUGUCCAAGUAUAAACAAACUAAACCAAACCAAAUGCACGCAAAGCUGCAAGAAGCUGCACACACGGUGAGCUACGAGUGCACACACAAACAAUAAAGUGUGUCAGUGUGAUGCUUCUACGAAAAUAAAGGUCACUUAAAUCUGCGGCGGUUCCUGGUGGUCCAUGUGUGUAUUUGUGUGUUUGCUAUCUUUGUGAGGACAAAAUUGAGUUUCAGGCUUUGAGCGUGAAGACAUUGAACCUGAACUCCACGUUGACGACAGAGAGGCAGGAAGCAGCAGAGAGAGAGGAAAGCAGGAGAGACGAGAUGGACCGAAAGAUGGCGGACAUCGAUUCAAUAAAGGAGGCCUUCCGCUCUCUGGACCUCUACUGCCCUGUGGU